UGCUUAUCUUUGUCAUCCAUUCUCUUUAACCCCUUUACUAAUUAAUUACAAGGUGAUCAUUAUUAUUGCAAAGAGACGGAUAGAAAGAGAGGCAUGGAGGCUCCACAUAUGAAUGUUCUUUCACUUCUUUUGCUUCUCAUCAUUAUUUCUUUUGGAGCCAACCUAUCCGAAUCAGCUAGAAUGUUUACCAUAAUAAACAAUUGCAAAGAGACAAUCUGGCCAGGAGUGACUCCCGGCGAGAACUUCAACGGUGGAGGGUUUGCAUUGAAACCAGGGCAGUCCAUUGUCUUCACAGCUCCGGUGGCAUGGUCGGGCCGGAUUUGGGGCCGUACCGGCUGCAAAUUCGACAAAAGUGGCGUUGGGCCAUGCCAGACCGGUGCCUGCGGAGAUGCCCUCAAGUGUGGAUCGUCGGGAAAGACCCCGGCCACUCUUGCUGAGUUUACCUUAGCAUCCCCAGAUUUUUACGAUGUGAGCCUUGUUGACGGCUUCAACUUGCCCAUGGUUGUCACACCACUCCACGGCCAAGGAAAUUGCAGCGUUGCAGGUUGUGAUGGCGACCUCCGGACAUCUUGCCCCAACGAGCUGUCCAUCAAGAGCAAUGGGAAGACGAUAGCUUGCCGGAGCGCCUGCGAUGUGUUCGAUACCGACGAGUACUGCUGCCGAGGGCUUUAUGGAAACCCUGUUGUGUGCCAACCUACCUUCUAUUCCAAGAAAUUCAAAAAUGCAUGCCCUAAUGCUUAUAGUUAUGCUUAUGAUGACCCCACCAGUAUAUUUACUUGCACCGGAACAGAUUAUGUGAUUUCAUUUUGCACCAAGAGGAAGCAACAAGUAUGCACCUAUCAUAACAACAAACUGGUCUGUAAUGGUUCACAAGGCUUAAAGUCAUUCAUUGGAAGAUGGUUGACUCUCGUGCUUCCCCUCAUACUGAUUAGUAAACUAUCAUGUACUUAGAGAAAAGGCCCCUUUUUUUCAUUGUCGAAAUUACUAUUUACUUUUGUAUUUUAUUAACUCAAUAACUAUGUGAAAUAAUUGUAAACGAUCUUGAUUCAACUAAAGUCUGUCCUUUAUUAAAAA